AUGUGCCUUUUCGGUCUUUGGCGGGCUUUGGUGGAGACGGACCUGAACGGCGUGGCGGAAGGCAUCUCAGUUGCGCGUUAUCGGGUUGGGCAGCAACAACGUGUCCUUUGGGUCGAGGCCCCGUUCCGCCUUCCGGGCUUAAUCGCUGACUUGCUGUCCUUCGAACCGUCCAGAUGGCCAGGGCCACGGGACCUGCAGUCUCUCAUCCAGGAUCUGGAAGUGGAAGUGCUGUACGGGGAGGACAUCGACAGAUUCCUGCAGUGUGUCAAGGCCGAGGUAACAUCGAAGAUGCCGAAUCCCUUCACCUACUCCGCAGCAGGAACCAAAGAACCUCCGUGGCUUGUGAAACGGUGCCGCUUCCGCCGCUCUUGGGUAAGGCUUGGCGCUUCCUUCCCUCCACGAAGGCCAAUUGCCAAAUGA